AUGUGGACAGUUCCGAAACCAAAGUAUAGAAGAGGUUCGUGCGACGAGGGGGAGAUUGCUGUCAACAUUGGUGGAGUACGGGUGGAGCUUUUUGGGGAUGUUUUAAAUCGCUACCCGGAGAGCAGACUGGCGGAGUUGUUGAACUGCGCCACCCAAGAUCACGAAGUCAUAUCGUCGCUUUGUGAUGACUUUGAUCCGGGCAGAAAGGAGUUUUACUUCGACCGAGAUCCCGAUGCCUUCAAGUGCAUCAUCAACGUUUACUACUUAGACGAAAUCCACAUCAAACCCGGCAUCUGCCCCAUUUGCUUCAUCAAGGAGAUGGAGUUCUGGAAAAUAGACCAAUGCGUUUUGGAUGAAUGUUGUAAAAGUUACCUCAGCGAGAAGGAGGAGGAGCUGACAGAGAUCGCAAACAAAGUCAAAGUGAUUCUGGAGGACCUGGAGGUGGAUCGGUGCAUUACGCGCACCCAGCGGUGCCAGAGGUUUUUAUGGAGACUGAUGGAGAAACCGGGGUCCUCUCUGCCGGCGCGCGUCAUUGCUAUCAUAUCCUUCCUGUCUGUCCUGGUCUCGGCGUUGGUGAUGUGCAUAGGCACCAUCCCGGAGCUCCAGGUGAAGAAUGCUGACGACAAACUCGUGGAGCACCCGACCCUGGAGGGGAUCGACACCGCCUGCAUGUUAUGGUUCACCGCGGAGUACUUGCUGCGUCUCGCCUCCUCUCCGAACAAGCUGCACUUCACGCUCUCCUUCAUGAACGUCAUAGACUUUUUGGCCAUCAUGCCUUUCUACGUGGUCCUGACCCUCACCUCCCUCGGCACCGCGUCCAUGAUGGAGCUGGCUAACGUCCAACAGGCGGUGCAGGCGUUGCGCAUCAUGCGUAUCGCGCGUAUUUUCAAGCUGGCGCGCCACUCCUCCGGGCUGCAGACUCUGACCUACGCGCUCAAGAGUAGCCUGAAGGAGCUGGGGCUGCUCCUCAUGUACAUGGGGGUGGGCAUCUUUGUGUUCUCAGCGCUGGCCUACACCAUGGAGCAAAGCCACCCGGAGACGCUUUUCAGCAGCAUCCCGCAGUCUUUCUGGUGGGCCAUCAUCACCAUGACCACGGUGGGCUACGGAGACAUCUACCCCAAAACCACGCUGGGCAGGUGCAACGCAGCCGUGAGCUUUCUAUGUGGAGUCAUAGCCAUCGCCUUGCCCAUCCACCCCAUCAUCAAUAAUUUUGUGGUGGUUUACAAUAAGCAGAGGGUGUUGGAGACUGCAGCAAAGCACGAAGUGGAGCUGAUGGAGCUGAAGAAUGGCAGGGGCGUGCGCAGAAAAUGCAGUAGUUAGUGGUUCCCAAAUGUUUUUCUCCUAAGGGGGCCCUUUUUCCAUCUUUAGGUAAACUGAUGACCACUGACUAAGUGACAUAUACAAUGGAUAUUUCAUGAUAUAUUUAACAACAUUACAGAAUAAGGAUAGAGUGUACAGUUCGUACAAAUAAUGAAACUAAAACUGCAGGAAGUUUACGUAAAAUGAGCGAUUUUGAGAAUGUUUGAUUAUUUCUUGUGAAUGUUGCACCAGAGAUGAGUUUUCCUGUUAAUUUUAGAAACUUUCAUGACUAUUAUGACAAAUUGUUAACUUGUUGUAACUGUAUACCUUUUAACUACACAACGAAGCAGUUUACCAGAGAGGGAUUAGUUUGUGUUCUGGUUUUCACUUGCCCGUAUCACGUCUAUGCUUAUAACAUUUUUGAAACCAUUUUAGUAACCAUUUAAUAAAAUGUCAUUUAUAAAAGGCAAUGCAAUCAUGAGUUAUAAGCCAACUGUAUAUAUUUAGAAAAAUGUUUUAUACAAGUUGUUGUACACUUCUUAAAGUCAAGAAGGCGUUUGAUGUGUCGGUCUCGAACGAGCCGAUUCUUUUGAACGGCUCUUUGGUACGAACGAGGGGAACCGAGUCGUACUUGGUGAGAGCCGUUCUUGUUAUCGUUUAAUCGUUGGUCCGCACUCACUGUCUGCCAAAAUUCACUCGCCUUUUAAAAAGCUUGAUUUUGUUCCCCAAACGUAUUCUGUGAAGACCCGCCCCUACUCUGAUUGGUAGGUUUCAGCACGAAGAGUGAGAUGGGGUGGGUCUUAACGGAAUAUGCGCGAGAGAGAAGUCAUAACAAGUGGUAUACAGGACAGGUAGACGACGUGUUUUUCGGAUGGAAAAUGAGCCAAACGCGAAAACGCAGCAGCACUUGGAUGCACUUCAACCAAAACCCAGGCAGCAAGCGCACCAUUUGUAAAGGCAACAUAUCCUUUAAAGCAGGGUCAACAAAUAAUCUCCAUCACCACUUAAAAACACAGUAUCUAAUAUUAAGAAAUGCGUGAAUUUCAUUCAAGGCAAGGCAACUUUAUUUACUUAACACAUACAGAGGGUACAUUCAAAGUACAUUCACUGACAUGAAUGACAUGGAUAUGACAUGGAUAUGGCGCCACCUUGUGUCAUGUUUACAAUGCAGAUUAUUGACAUAAGGUCUGGCAAUACAAUCAAUCAUUAUCCUGGUGAUUAUUUCGCAGAUAAACCUAGUAACCCCGCCCCCUUUUAAA